CGUCGUUGGAAUUAAGGGAAGCGAUAUAUCGUUCAACCACCCUUCGGCCGAGUGGUGGGAACGGCAACGGUGUUGGUGGCUGCACGCCGGUAUAUAAAUCGGUGGAAUGGCAGUGGUGGUGAACGAUCGUGCGAGAGGGCAAUGGAUGGAAGUUAGUCAGUCGGCGCUUGCCCGCGCUGCAACCACGAUGGAAGUUGAUCCAUCGUAUUUACGUAUCCCGCCCCUUUCGAACGAAUCUUAAACUCAUCUCGUUCCAUUCUCGUUUUACGUAGUAUUGAUCGAGAAAUGUCAGGAUCCGAAAAAUCGAUCAGACCGGUCAGGCAAUUGUCCUUGCAACCGCCCGCGCCCCGCCGUCAGCAAGUCAGACGGCAGAGAUCGGCGGAGGACGAGAAAUCAUUGCAGAUCUGCGCCAGCCCAUUUGCACGUGGCAAGCGUGGAACUUGUAAACUCGGCUCUGACAGACCCAAGGUUCGCGUUGCCUGGAAGGAAACGCGUCAAAAAAGUGAGGAGGAGGCGGGGCAAGUGGAGGUGGUGGCUCGACAAAUUGCAGGACGAUCGAAAUCCACGAGCGGAAGAUCGAGAGGAUUUGUGGGGAUGGAGAAAUCGUCGAUUCUUUACUCCAGGCUAGAAUUGGCCGAGAGGCUGAGGCUCGCCUGGCAAAAUCGGGAGAAGAACAAAGCUAAUAUCAAUAUCUUCUUGGCGCGUGAAACUUUAGAGGAGAGAUGCGACUCGGAGAUAUCGGGUCAGGCCACUGCUCCCUCGUCUCCUGCGCGAAUAAACGACAGGAUCGAGAUUCCUCUGGAUGAUAAUUAUAAGAUGAUGGAGGAAGAGGAAAAAGUCGUUGAAAAGGAGCAGGUAAACGAGCAAACGUCGAAGAAUUCGAACGUCGACGACGUUUCCAUUAAGAAAAAACAGUCUUCCGACAGUUCGAAUCAUCGGCUUACGUCAUUGCCAUCGAUCAAGGAUUUCUCAUCGGCUAGGCAAAAACGCGCGAGUUUCCAUAGCUGCGCUAACCGAGCCUUCCUCGACCCGAUCCGAUCGGCAACGGAGACGAGAUGGAGCUCGGAGAAAAAUCGCGCCACGAUCGAAAAGGAAAAGAAUUUUUUGAAGCAAACGAUCGAGGAUAAGGGCGAGAAAAAUAAUUCUCCGUGCGAGUCGAUGGAAGAGAUAAGCGAUAAUUGCGUGGAUGAUAAAAAUGCGCAGACGAGGACAUCGAUCGAAGAUAAUUUGCAAGACGAUAAAACGAUAAGGGAUCGAUGCGAUUCGAGAAAAAUCUCGAACGACGUACAAACACUGUCGUCGGGAGACAUCGUCGAGAGCAAAGAUGAUUCCACGAUCGAUAAAUGUUCGAGGUCUAGCGCGAAGAAAACGGUGGAGAAUCAAAAGAUCGAGCAGAAAUCGAGGAGGACUAAUUCUGCGCCUCCGCAACGGUCAAUCUCGGCUAGUAACAAUCGGGUUCACGUUAAUAUCGUGAUCGACUCGACGAGAAAGAGCCGUAAUCAAAAAGAUCAAGAUGCGACGGAUUGUAAAUGUAACACGAUGGAAAAGAUAGAUACGGGUGUGACAAAGAUAUCGUCGAGUCGAGGUGUGAGAUCGGCACCGUUAAAGAGGCGAUCCAGAAGCGCAAAAAGGCGUUUUUGCGGCGGAGGGACGCCGAAAAACGAGGAGGAUGGAAAAUCACGGAACAGAUCCGGUACCCGUGGCGGGAAGAACUCGAUCGAUUCGAGGACAAUGGACAUCGUUACGAUGGUAUCCCUUGUCAGUUCUGCGGACAGCGAUAGCGAUAUCGAAAAUUCAUUCAGGGAUGAUAAAUUAAUCGACGAGUUGCGUAGUAAACUACCCACCACGUCGAUCAUUAAACCGUCGAUUAACUCAGCUUUGAGUAGCGCGAGGAGGCCUAUCAAGUCAGUUUCCUUUCAGAAAGAUUCUUUCGACGAAGAAGAAUAUAAUCCAUCGAAAGAGCAACAACUCUCGCCGAAGGAGGAGAAAAGAACGACAGAGUCGUGGUUGGCGAUCAUUGGUAACCAACGUGGAGCUACUUCGUCGAAAGAGGAUACGACGGUGUCUUGGAAAACGGAUGUUACCGGCGGUGGUUUGACCCUUCCCAUCCUGGCAUUGAUUCACGACAUUGAGGAGCCGCUUGAUGUUCCGUUGACCGAUCGCGAGAAGAAAUGCCUGGCUGUGCCUAUUUGUGAUUUACACGAUAAGAAACGAAAGUUAUUGAAAACUCGUAAUACGGCAUCACGAUCUGGAAUAGAAAGACAGAUAACAUCUAUGAAAAUAAAAAGAGAGACGCAAGAAUCACCGAUAAUAAUCUCCCGAAAAAUCAAUGUUCCCGCACAACAAUCGAAAACAACUGUAAAUAAUUCUAUCGUGAACGCAAAAACUACAUGUAUGCUACGUUCAAAGGAAACUCUUCAACAUGUGCAAUCUAUUGAACCGCAAUUUCAAACCAACAAAGAAAAAGAAUGUUGGCAUCUUUACAAGAAAAUGUGCGACAAAGGCGUUUGCGUUUCUUUUGAUACGGUUUUAAGGGGCAUGCUUACACCGACGGAAUAUCGAUUAAGACAGAGAGAAGUCUUACAAAAUUUGUGACAAAGCACAAUCAUUUUUUUUCUUUUGCUUAUAUAUUGUUGGUACUUUUAUAAAAAGUUUUAUAAAAAGCUGCAGUUGUUUAUUAUUUUUAUCUGAAAACGUAAAGAUAUAUGGAAAUGCUCGAAAUCGUACAGUAAUCUUGUAAUUUAGAAUUUAAAAUAUUGUAUUUUUUUAGAUUUUACGAAUUAAAUAUAGA